AUCACGGAAAGUGUGCACGCAUUGGAGUCAAUUUAACGUUUAUAUCCUCGUCAUUCGAACGAGUCGAGUACGAUGCUCCGAUUGUUUCGCGAUUGAGAUAUCAAAUUAUUCUAGAUAAAGAUUCUUAACUCGUACCAGGAUAACGAUUAUGCGACGACUCGUUGUCUUCUUUUGUCUCGUUAUUGUUGAAUUUCUUUUGUGUUCGGCGCAAGAGAAACAACAUGGAACGGUGUUGUUCGGAGAUCCGUGCGAAAGGGACGUCAAUUGCAUCGAACAUGCAUAUUGUCGUAUUCAACGGAUCUGUCAAUGCGAGCAAUAUUACGCACCCAAUCCCGAGAGGACGAUUUGUCUCGCCACAGCCGGACUGAGUUGCGUCGAUGACUUUACUUGCGGUACCAUGUCCAAUGCGGUUUGUCGUCAAAACGUGUGUACUUGCAAAGACGCAUUUACCCUGGAUAUAAACAAUUCGUCUAAUUGUAUAAGUAGACCGUCGAAAGAAGGCGACGCUUGUCAAAAAAGGGACGACUGCGAGGAAGCUAUGGAACGUGCGAUAUGCAUCGAUAAUAAAUGUCGUUGCAUCACUGGCCUUCGUUUCGUCAACGAAACUGGCAAAUGCAUUCAGGCUCGUGGCCGAUAUAACUCGUGUACCAAGGAUUACGAGUGCUUCCUCGACGAUGGCACACCGAACGUUUUACAAUGUAAAAACGGCGAAUGCGUUUGUAGAGAUAACGAUCCGCGAUGCAGUAAAGGUUCGUCCGUUGCGACAACGACGAUAGGACUGAUCGUAUCGAUGAUCGUAGCACGGAUAGCGUGAUUAACGUAAGAAUAUAUCGUAGGACUUUAUCGACGGAGAAAAAACGCAAGACUUUUCUAUAGAACGAUACAAUUUUUGUUCCAUCUUCUCCUCUUUCAAAUAAAUAAAACGACCAUUGCGUCACGAAA